AUGUCAACUAGGAGGCUGGAAGUGCAAGGUGAUUUGGAAAAUGCAAAAAGUAAAUUCGAGAAAGUUCUUCGGAUAAAGGAGGACAGACGAGCCAGAGCAGCUUUAGCCAAAAUGGAUAGAAAGAAGAGAAGCCCAUCAGUAGAAAUUUUGGAAGAUGACAGUGACAAACCAAAGUCGAAAAAUCCGAAGCGGAGCGAUAUUGAAGAGGAAAAGAGAAAACGCCGACAGGUUCGAGAGGUGUCCUACGGUGGCGUUUUUCGCUCCAUAAUUAUCCGUCGAUCUGAUUACGAGAAGUGUGGCUUAUUCUGCGUGGGACCGCUCGAAUCCCGACCCGUAUCACACUUGCUUAUAGUACAAAUGCCGGUUUCAAUAUGUGAUGCAGAAGACUCGCAUGACGAAAACUGUGGCGCAUCAUGCAGUGCACUGUCAGAUGUGGAAAAACGCCGCAUUAAUCGACAGUUGUUUUUGGCUUUCCCUCCAGAAGGGGCGCGUCACUCGGGCCAGCGAAUGUUCUUUUUUAUUCGGGGAUACGACGAGUUAGUUAGGGAAGAUAUUGAGGAAAGUGAAUGUGUUCUUCCAUGA